AUGGGGGCAGAGAAGCAGAGCUCAAAGAAACAAGCAUGGUUCUGUACCACUGGCUUAUCUAGUGACAUGGAAGUAGAAAUUGAUGACAUGAUAUAUCAUCUCAACAAGUUCCUUCUAAUGUCCAAAAGCAGAAAACUUCACCAGCUCAUUACAGAGCAAGAACAGAGUGACAAGAAGAGUAAACCCCAUGAACAAGAGGAAGAAGGAGAAAACAGUUAUACUCCUCACAUAAGGCUUGAGAAUUUUCCCGGAGGUCCAGAGAUUUUCGAGAUGGUGGUUAAGAUAUGCUACGGCGUCAAAGUCAACCUCUCUGCUUCCACAGCUGUUCUACUUCGCUGCGCCGCCGAGGAGCUGGAAAUGACUGAAGAGUAUUCACCGGACAAUUUAGUUUCGCAGACGGAGAACUUUCUUAAACACGCUGUCUUCAGUAACACAGGAGAAACCAUUAAAGCCCUAAAAGCGUGUGACUCAGUCUCCUCUCUAGCCGAAUCAAUUGGUAUAACGAAACAGUGCAUAGACUCCAUCCUCUCCAGACCCUCAUCACCAGCUGAUCCGUUGUUCAGCUGGCCGAUAAACAACAAAGACUCAACGAAGAAACAAAACAAGGGUUCAACACUAGAGCUUUUGUUCGAAGAACUGUCGGAACUGAGCUUUCCAAUCUUCAAACGUGUAGUCCAAGCAAUGAAAGCCAAAGAUCUGAGUGAAAACAUAGUAGAGACCUCUCUGAUUCGCUACGCCAAGAAACACAUUCCGGUAAUCACGUCAAGGUCAUCGUCAUCUUCACCAACCAUAGCGUCGGAGAACCAACAGAGACAGUUGCUGGAGACGAUAGUCUCAUAUCUUCCGAUACAAACCUCAACAACGAGGUCUCUCUUCGGCCUUUUACGAUCAGCCAUCAUCCUCAACACCUCCGAGAACUGCCGCACGGUUCUUGCGAAAAAGAUCGGUUCCCAUUUGGAGGAAACAACGCUAGACGAUCUUCUCAUCCCAAGUUACUCUUACCUCAACGACACGUUAUACGAUAUUGACCUUGUGGAGAGACUCAUACACCACUUUCUUGAAAACGUCACCGUAUCGUCUCCGUCUUUGACGGUGGUUGGUAAACUCAUCGACGGGGUUCUUUGUGAAAUCGCGUCAGACGCUAAUCUCAAACCGGAAAGAUUCUACAGUUUAGCGGUUUUACUCCCUGAUGAAGGGAGGAUAUACGAUGAUGGACUCUACAGAGCAAUCGAUAUAUAUCUCAAGACGCAUUCAUGGAUUUUGGAGGGUGAAAAAGAAAAGAUAUGUAGUGUGAUGGACUUUCAAAAGCUGACUAUAGAAGGGUGCACACACGCAGCGCAAAACGAGCGUCUGCCACUACGAGCCGUCGUAAAAGUCUUGUUCUUGGAGCAACUUCAGCUCCGGACGUUAGUAACGGCCGUGACUGAAGAAGACGGGGGUGAAACGGCGGGUGGAGAAAAAGUGGAGAUUAAGGUAUUGGAGGAAGCUGUGAGGGAGAAUCAGGUGCUUCGCUUGGAUAUGGAUGCGAUGAGGACGCGUCUGUACCAUUUAGAAAGAGAAUAUUUGAACUUGAAGGAAGUGAUCGCUAAGAUUGAUAAGGAAAGUGCGUAUGUGGCAAACGAUAGGGCGGGAAAGUGGUCUAUCAGCAAGAAGUUUGGAUGCAAAUUCAAGACACAGGUUUGUGAUUCACAUGUGGCAACUAUUGUUGAUAAAAGAUGUCAACGUCAUUAGUAUAUUCUUAUACAUAAAUCAGACCAUCACGUACUUGUUGUAUUCUUUAUACUUAAUAAUUUAUAGUAUAAUACUGAACGCAUAUGAAGUUUGUAGUGGUAUCAUCUUUAUGCUGGAUAAAUGGGUGCACUACUCUUU